ACAAGGUUCCCGUUUGCGCAACUGCAGGACUGCAUCAUAUCCUGUCUGUCAGAACUGUGACAAGGACAGUUAAAGUUUGGAGUUGCCAUCUCUACUAACCGUGCUGUCUGGGGGGGAUCAAGACUCCCUGCUAUGGAGGCAGUAGGUAAGUAUGACUUUACUGCCACUGCUGAGGACGAGCUGAGCUUCAGGAAGGGAGACAACAUGAAGAUCUUGGGCACCAAUGAUGACUGGUUGAUGGCUGAGCGACAUGGAAAGAAGGGAUUCAUACCACGUAACUACAUCAACAUUCACCUACCCAGUUGGUACCAGGAGAGUGCUAGUCGAGGUGAGGCCCAGGAGUCUCUCAUGACCCAGCCUAUAGGAUCCUUUCUGAUCAGGGGCAGCCAGAGCUCCCCAGGAGAUUUCUCCAUAUCCGUUAGACACGAGGCAGACGUGCAGCACUUCAAGGUGAUGGCAGACACCAGAGGGCAGUAUUACCUCUGGUCUGAGAAGUUCAGCUCCUUCAACGAGCUGGUGAACUAUUACAUGAACAACUCUGUCUCUAAACACAGCCGCAUCUAUCUGCUGGACACAGAAACACAGGAGAAGGGAUUUGGCCAGACCAGGACAUCAGCCCCAUCCUCUCAGCCCCAGCCUCACCAGUCCCUGCCCCGCGCACCCCAGCCUCACCUGCCCCUGCCCAGCAUACCCCAGCCUCACCUGCCCCUGCCCAGCAUACCCCAGCCUCACCUGCCCCUGCCCAGCAUACCCCAGCCUCACCAGCCCCGCACACCCCAGCCUCACCAGCCCCUGCCCAGCAUACCCCAGCCUCACCAGCCCCUGCCCAGCAUACCCCAGCCUCACCAUCUCCUGCCCCGUGUACCCCAGCCUCAACAACCCCUGCCCCGCACACCAGACCCUAUACCCCCACCACAGUGUGCGGCCGUGACCACGGGGGGCGGUGGUCUGAUGCAGGUGAGAGCUCAGUAUGACUUCAACGCCGAGGAGAAGGACGAGCUGAGCUUUAAGGCCGGUGACAUCAUUGAGGUGCUGGAGUGUUCCGACAUGUCAUGGUGGAAAGGAAGACUGAGGGGACAAGCGGGAGUGUUCCCUUCCAACUACACCAACCCUGUAUGAGAGAGAGAACAUGGCUAGCAUUUAGAGCUAAAUAAGUAUCUUCAUUCAUUAUAGCAGACGUUCUUAUCCAGAGCAACUUAAAGGAGCAAUUAGGGUUAAGUGCCUUGCUCAAAGGAAUAUUGACAGAUUUUUCACUCAGGGAUUCGAAUCAAUGACCUUUCGGGUUACUGACCCAACAGUCUGAACCUCUAGGCUUCCUGCCUCCCUAACAAUAACAACUAUAUUUCUGAGAGAGAGAGAGAGAGAGAGAGAGAGAGAGAGAGAGAGAGAGAGAGAACAUAAUGAUUAGCUUUAGCAUUAAAUAUAUGUUUUGUAACUUUCUUUCUGGUUUAUUAUCAGUGUACUUUACCAUACCGUAGGCUUAUGUCAGGAUAAUACAACUAUUUACAACUUCAGAACACAAUUAUUACUGUAUGAUUAUCAAAUAAAUGAUUUUCUGUAAGCCCCUG